GUUCGCAUCAAUCUUUUUAUGGUGCGCGCGUGAUUGUGGCGCCGCGCCCCACGAUCCCUGCUCGCGCGCCGCGCUGCCGACGAAUUUCCGGGGAGGGAUCGUCUCUCCGGGGGCGCGCCGCUCUCUCGCGCGCCUGUGGGUGGCCGAUUGAUCGGCUAUGGCGUCGAAGCGCAUCCUCAAGGAGUUGAAGGACUUGCAAAAGGACCCUCCCACGUCGUGCAGUGCCGGGCCCGUGGCGGAGGAUAUGUUCCAUUGGCAAGCGACGAUCAUGGGGCCGCCCGACAGUCCUUACGCUGGCGGGGUGUUCUUGGUCACCAUCCAUUUUCCUCCCGAUUAUCCAUUCAAGCCUCCCAAGGUGUCCUUUAGAACCAAGGUUUUCCAUCCAAACAUCAACAGCAAUGGAAGCAUUUGCUUGGACAUCCUCAAGGAGCAGUGGAGCCCCGCAUUGACGAUCUCCAAGGUGCUCCUGUCGAUUUGCUCGCUACUCACGGAUCCAAACCCCGACGAUCCUUUGGUCCCGGAGAUUGCUCACAUGUACAAGACCGACAGAGCAAAGUACGAGGGGACUGCGAGAACCUGGACGCAGAAGUACGCCAUGGGCUGAGCGCGUAUAAGCGUAGCGUGAGCGAUGAGCGAGCGUGUAAGCAAAAGUUUGUAUAUGAUUCCUUUGAUCUAAGGUGAGAAGAAACAUUUCGAUCGAUCGAUCGAUCGUC